AUGGAAGCUCUGAAUAUCCUUCUCUGUCUGCUUCUAACUGCCUUGCAGGAUGCCUAUUCAUGCAGCAUAUGGGUCAUUAUUUCCAAAAUUGAAAUUGAUUUCUCUUCCCUUUAUACAGGCUACUGCUCAGUGACAACUGGUUGGCCAGAUACAGCAGAUUUACCCUCCUGCAAGUAUAACUGUGGAUACAACCUCGGCAGCUGCUCAUGCAACUACAAUUGUCACUAUUAUGGCAACUGUUGCCCUGAUUAUGACAGCUACUGCUCUACAACAACUGACUGGCCAGCUACAACAGCUCCCUCCUGCAGGUAUAACUGUGGAUACUACAUUGGCAGCUGCUCAUGCACCUACAAUUGUCAUUAUUAUGGCAACUGUUGCCCUGAUUACGACAACUACUGCUCAUCAACAAGUGAAACUCCAGUAACGUGGGCAGAAACAACAGAACCAUGUGGUGGCUAUAUGACAGAUUGGAUGGGUGAAUUUUUCAGUCCCCGGUACCCUAAUAACUACCCUGAUUCCUCAUAUUGCACAUGGACCAUUCAUAGCACAGGGAACACAACUGUGUCAUUGAUCUUCAACGAUGUUGUUUUGGAAACAUGCUGUGAUUACAUCAGAGUAUAUGAUGGUCCUUCUACCCUCCAUCCCUUACUGGGAGAAAUACGGGACUACAGGAACCAGUCUUUCAAAUCCAGCAACAAUGAUCUGACUGUACUUUUCUACAGUGAUCACAGUGUAACAAAUAGAGGAUUUCAUGCAAACUGGGUCUUUGUAGAGGCUCCCUCAGAAGACCCCUGCUACAGCUACACUGUACUGGACGAUCCUUGGAGAGCCACUAACUAUCAGAAUGACUUAGUCUUAAUGUGUGACCAGAAUGUGAAUUGGUUUGGCUGGUAUCGUCUCUUCAUUCAUGGCCAGAGUGUCCAGAUGCCAGACACAUGUGUUGAUAUGAACAAAUGUGGCACUGAUGCCCCACUGUGGUUAAACGGAGGACACCCAAAAGUCGAGGAUGGAGUGGUCACCCGAGAUGUCUGUGGUCACUGGUCCAAUAACUGCUGCGAUUUCAAAUCUACUCCCAUUAGAGUGAAAGCCUGUCCAGGCAAUUAUUAUGUCUAUGAGUUUGUCAGACCAAGUGGCUGUUAUUUGGCAUACUGUGCAGAUGUGGGGAGCAUCAACACCACAUAUACAACUGCUGCACCAGAGACCAUCUCAUCUGAUUGGAGCGCUGCUGUAACUGUGACUACAUCACAGUAUAUGACGGCUCUUCCACUGGUUUUCCACAACAACAUGGUCAUUGUCAUUCAGACGUCUUACCUGAACUCACUCGGGUUGAGUGGAAAUGACCUUUAUGUGGAUGACCAUCUUUGCAGACCCAACAUUAGCAGUACUGAGGUUCUGUUUAGCUUCCCACUUGACGCAUGUGGGACCGCCAAAGAGAUGAUGAAUGGUUAUGUGUCCUACACCAACAAUGUGCGGGCCUCUCAGUCUCAGUCGGGUGAAAUCACUCGUCAGUCACAGUUCCUACUACGCGUGGGCUGCAGAAUGGAGCCGGACACCAUGGUGCAGAUACUCUACAAGGCCAGGGAGAACAUCAAUGCCAACAUCACAGGAACGGGACGCUUCAAUGCCAGCAUAGCUUUCUUCACCUCCAGCAGUUUCUACCAACAAAUUUAUGACUCUCCAUAUGAGGUGAACCUGAACCAGUUUCUUUAUGUUCAGGUCAAGCUAAACAGGCUUGACAACAGUCUGGAUCUGUUCCUGGACACCUGUGUAGCGUCUCCAAAUCACAGUGACUUCAAAGAUCGCUCCUAUGACCUUCUGCGUAACGGAUGUCCCAUUGACAACACAUAUUAUUCCUACACCAACGGUCAGCACAACUACGCUCAGUUCAGUUUCCGGGCUUUCAAGUUCCUCCGGACUCACGCCUUUGUGUACCUGCAGUGUAAGGUGAUCAUCUGCCCCGAUAACGACUACAACUCUCGCUGCCGCCAAGGUUGCCGCUUGCGUCGCAAGAGAUCCCUUGGCAGCACCUACCACACCAAUACUGUGACGCUGGGGCCAAUCAAACUCAAAGAAAUACGGGAGUACGAGAACAAACACUACAACUCCAGCAACAAUGAUCUGACUGUGCUUUUCUACAGUGAUGGGAGUGUAUCAAGAAGAGGAUUUCAUGCAAACUGGGUCUUUAUUCCAAUUCAUGCAGAAAUAACUGUGGAUACUCACUUGGCACUUGUUCGUGUGACGACUCCUGUCAGGACAACCGAAACUGUUGCUAUGACUACAACCGCUGCUGCUCACAGACGACGACUGGGCCAACUACAACAGGUUCACUUGCAUCUUAUCUAUUUCCCCUCCUGCAUGUAUAACUGUGGAUACAACCCCGGCAGCUGCUCAUGCACCUCCAACUGUCAUUAUUAUGGCAACUGUUGCCCUGACUAUGACACUCCCUCCUGCAUGUAUAACUGUGGAUACCACCUUGGCACCUGCUCAUGCACCUAUGACUGUCAGUACUAUGGCAACUGUUGCCCUGACUACGACAGUGAGUUCCUUUUGAUCAGACAUUUUAAGAUCAAAUACUCUCUAAUCUCACUAGUAUUGAGCAUAUGGCUACUGCCCAAAGACAACCGCUUGGCCAACUACAACAGGUAUUCCUGUGGAUAUGACCUUGUCUUGUGCUCAUGCUCCUACGAGUGUCGGUACUAUGGCAACUGUUGCCCUGACUAUGAAAAGCCUGUCAGUACUUUGGUGACUGUUGCCAUGACUAUGAGCGGUAUUGCCCAUCGUACCCAACAACAGUGUGGAGGACACCUGUAUGGUUCUGGACUGUUUUCCAGUCCAAACUACCCAAACUAUUACCCUGACAAUGCCUACUGUGAGUGGUAUCUCUCUGCUCAGCAAGGACAGAGGAUCUUCCUGACAUUUGCUGAUGUGCAAUUGGAGCGCUGCUGUAACUGUGACUACAUCACAGUAUAUGACGGCUCUUCCACUGGUUUUCCACAGCUAGGAAGGGUCUGCUUCAAUGACACCACACACCAGGUGUUUCACUCUUCUUCACGAUACUUGACUGUUGUCUUCAGGAGCGACUACUCUGGUGUCAGCCAUGGUUUCAAUGCCCUUUUCACAAGCUCUCUGACUGCAGAUGAAGGUCGUGUGGAUUGUUCCUCAGACAACAUGGUCAUUGUCAUUCAGACGUCUUACCUGAACUCACUCGGGUUGAGUGGAAAUGACCUUUAUGUGGAUGACCAUCUUUGCAGACCCAACAUUAGCAGUACUGAGGUUCUGUUUAGCUUCCCACUUGACGCAUGUGGGACCGCCAAAGAGAUGAUGAAUGGUUAUGUGUCCUACACCAACAAUGUGCGGGCCUCUCAGUCUCAGUCGGGUGAAAUCACUCGUCAGUCACAGUUCCUACUACGCGUGGGCUGCAGAAUGGAGCCGGACACCAUGGUGCAGAUACUCUACAAGGCCAGGGAGAACAUCAAUGCCAACAUCACAGGAACGGGACGCUUCAAUGCCAGCAUAGCUUUCUUCAGCUCCAGCAGUUUCAACCAACAAAUUUCUGACUCUCCAUAUGAGGUGAACCUGAACCAGCUCCUGUAUGUUCAGGUCAAGCUAAACAGGCUUGACAACAGUCUGGAUCUGUUCCUGGACACCUGUGUAGCGUCUCCAAAUCCCAAUGACUUCAAAGAUCGCUCCUAUGACCUUCUGCGUAACGGAUGUCCCAUUGACAACACAUAUUAUUCCUACACCAACGGUCAGCACAACUACGCUCAGUUCCAUUUCCGGGCUUUCAAGUUCCUCCGGACUCACGCCUUUGUGUACCUGCAGUGUAAGGUGAUCAUCUGCCCCGAUAACGACUACAACUCUCGCUGCCGCCAAGGUUGCCGCUUGCGUCGCAAGAGAUCCCUUGGCAGCACCUACCACACCAAUACUGUGACGCUGGGGCCAAUCAAACUCAAAGGUCAGAGGUCUUUCUGA